UUCGUGUGUUCAACCUUUCAACUUUUCAACGUUUUCUUUACUUACACUUUGAAUUUCACAUCUCGUUUAUCAUUUAUCAAUUAGCAUAGCAUCAUCACUUUAAGCAUAGAAAAUACCUGAUGACUCAACUUAUCAAAUUUGGUUCAACAACCAUCUUAGAGAAUGUCACAUAUCUUUUCAAGUUAAUCUCAGAACCUCUUCAUCCUACAUUUUUUCCAUUACCGUUAUUACCUUUCAUUCAUGCUGCAAGACUCAGUUUGGGUUAUCAACAUUUGCGUGUGAAGGCAGGAGGAAAGCUUAGUUGGACUGCUGAUCUUAUCGGAUAUCUUGUUAUGGCAUGGGGCGGCUCGGUGAUGGUCAACUUGAUUUUGUACCAACCUAUCCCUCAACUUGUUACCUUUCGACCGCUUUUGAUUUAUACCUUCACACAUUGGAGUUUGAAACUCAUCGAAUUUUCUCCUUCGAUGGCUUUCCUCGAUCGAUUGUUACCAUUACCUGAUGCAUUGAUUCGGACAGCAACGAUAACUGCAGCAGUUGACGCAGUAGUAAAUCAUCGUGAACCGGCUUAUGCUCAAUCUCUUUUACUUCAACUUAUUAUUGGUGCGAUGGCUGCCUCUGGAGGUUCAGCGCUUGCUCAAUCUCUUGGUACUACUCAACCAAUUUGGCGUUGGGCUCGACCAGAUUGGAUGGAAAGACCUAGUACAAUUGGUGCAUUAGAUGUUUGGUCUGGAGUCUUGAUAGCAAUCGUGUAUGGUUUCUUACAACAAACUCAUCCGACUUAUUAUCUAUUGACUACUUGGCUCAAUGGGAAUUUUAAACCUUUAUUGGCACCUGCAGAAGCUCGAGGAGCUUGUGCUAUUUUACUUUCUAUAAUUUAUUAUUGGCGUGCUCAUGAGACACAUAGAAACUUACCGCAUCGAAUCAAUAAAGUAACUGUAGGAAAGAAGAAGGAUUGAAGCAUCUUAUUUGUUAUUGUGUUUAUACUGGCUCUUGGACCUCUGAUAUCAUCUUAUCUCUUUCAUUUCGAGCUUCUUUUCACCUCCUACUAACGUCACUGCUUCUCACCUUCGUUCAUCAUAAGCACCAUUUGUUUUUGGAUGCUGAAAUUUGUUGUACUUUGAUACUAUCGUUAAAUUGUAGAUAACACAAGCAAAUCUUUCUUUACCUUGGACAGCAGUAGUUGACUUUAUCAAGUCUUGACCUAUCUGAACCUCCAUACCAUCGGGCCUUUGAUCUUGGGAGUGGGUCUUUCAGAGUGUAAUGCAGAAACCAAUCAUCACAUUG